AUGUAUCGAAGAAGGAAUAAUAAAUUGGGCAGAUUCUAUUUACUUCCAAAAAUUCACAAACGGCUAGUUGAUGUCCCAGGUCGUCCAGUUAUUUCUAACUGUGGGACACCGACGGAGGGUUUGUCGGAAUUAGUGGAUCAUUAUUUACAACCUAUUGUUAAGAGUCUGCCCAAUGUUAUAAGGGAUACCACAGAUUUUUUGAAAAGGCUGCAGGAUUUGGGUGAUAUUCCAGAGGGAGCGAUCUUGUGCACAAUGGAUGUUGUGGGACUGUACCCGCAUAUUCCUCAUUUGGAAGGUCUGUCUAGUAUUAGAAAAAGUAUUGAGGAUUUCAGAAAAAAUUGUGGUAUGGAUAAAGGGGAGGGACUUUCUGUAGAUGAUUUGAUUGAUUUAGCCAAAAUUAUAUUAGAUAACAAUUAUUUUAAAUUCAGUGAAAAAGUGUAUAAACAAAAGUUAGGGACAGCCAUUGGCACAAAAUUUGCUCCAGCGUUUGCAAAUAUUUUUAUGGCAGAACUGGAAAAUAAAAUGUUGGCGGGGUAUCACUUGAGUCCUUCAGUAUGGUUCAGAUUUUUGGAUGACAUAUUUUUUAUUUGGCUUCAUGGUAAAGAAUCCCUUUUAAAUUAUAUUAACAAUUAUCAUGAAACAAUUAAAUAUACAUGGAAUAUUCGGAAAGGGGGGUGUCUAAUUUGGAUGUGCGGGUGGAGUUGGAGUCUGGUAAAUUGCAAACGGAUGUGUAUUCAAAACCGACUGAUACACAUCAAUACUUAGACUUCAAGUCUUGUCAUCCUGCACAUGUGAAGAAGGAUCCCCUAUGGUCAGGCGCUAAGAUUAAAACGGAUUUGUAGUUCGGAAAGAGUUUUUCAGGAUAGGCUUAAAGAAAUGGGAGGUCAUUUUAUAAAGCGAGGAUUUAACAAAAAGUUGGUUAAGGACCAGUUUUCUGAGGUUAAAGUUAAGGAUAGGGCUGAAGUGUUACGCCAAACGGAUAAGAGGAAGAAUUCUAACUUGGGUAAUAGAGUACCACUGGUAGUAGAAUUUCAUCUGGCAUUAAAGGAAAUUAAUGGAAUUGCGGAAGCACUUUGGUCGAUUCUGGGGACAUCGGAGAGGAUGAGGGAUGUCUUCGGUAGUAGGCCGAUUGUUUCAUAUAAGAGACCAAAAAAUUUAAAAGAUAGUUUGGUUAGAUCUAAGGUUAAAAAGGCUAGGGAGGUAAGUGUAGGGAUGAGUAAGUGUAAUAAGAAUCGUUGCCAGAUUUGUAAUUAUGUAGAUGAGGGAAAAGAAUUUCUCGAGGGAAAAGUAAAAUACUACAUUAAUUACAACUUUGAUUGCGAUUCGGCUGGGGUGAUUUAUUUGAUUUAUUGUAGAAAAUGUGGGAAAAAGUAUGUGGGGAGUACAAUUACUAGUUUUUAUAUAUCUAUAUAUAUAUAUAUAUAUAUAUAUAUAUAUAUAUAUAUAUAUAUAUAUAUAUAUAUAUAUAUAUAUAUAUAUAUAUAUAUAUAUAUAUAUAAAGCUUAUUAGAUUGUUUAUAUCUUAAAAUUAAAUAUCGCUACUCUGAGUUUCACGUCCUUUCUAGACGAUCAUCAGGCGAUUUUGUUCACGAUUUUGUUACUGAUUACGCAAUCACGUAAUCAGUAACAAAAUCGUGAACAAAAUCGCCUGAUGAUCGUCUAGAAAGGACGUGAAACCGGCUCAGAGUAGCGAUAUUUAAUUUUAAGAUAUAGACAAUCUAUAUAUAUAUAUAUAUAUAUAUAUAUAUAUAUAUAUAUAUAUAUAUAUAUAUAUAUAUAUAUAUAUAUAUAUAUAUAUAUAUAUAUAUAUAUAUAUAUAUAUAUAUAUAUAUAUAUAUAUAUAUUUAACAAUUAUACCAUGAGCUUGAGAUUUAACAAUUAUACCAUGAGCUGAUAGCCGACGAGAUGCGUAGCACCGAGUCGGCUAUCAGCCAUAUACGACGAGAGCGAAUGGUAUAAUUGUUUUAUAAUAUAGUCUAAUAUAGCCAUUAACUGAAGCAGUAAUUAAUUAUUCACUGUUACAAUGUGUUGACAAUUUUUUCGGCCAAAAACCGCUUGAAAAUUUGAAAUACUUUUGUUUUACAACUCGAAGACGAAGUGAAAGAAAUGGUUUUAGAAGCUCUAUAUCUCACAGGAAAGCUCAGAUAUAUUAUACAGAUGUUUGGUACUAUAGUAAGUGCUUGUUGACUGCAAAUUCAUUUGUCGUUCAUUGCAAACUUUUCUGAAAAAUUUAUAUUCUCAAUGAACAUGUUUUUUCGCUGUUGUUUCGGUAUUAAUUCUUUAAAAAACUUGUAUUUAAACUAAUUUCUACGUAAUAAAUGUAUUUUGCUAACCUGUCAAAUUUUUUUUGAGAGUUUUUCCUUGUACUAUUAUGUUUUUUAAAGCGAAUAUUUUCCUUUUUCUGCUUCGCAAAGCUCAUGUAGUUUUUGGACCGCCAUCUUGUUUUUUGCUACUCGCCGUAUAUGAGCUGAUAUACGGCGAGUAAUUCAACCAAUCAGAUUGCAGAACAGCUCAUAUACGGUGGAUGACUAUAUUAUAAAUAUAUAUAUACUUUUACCAAAACUUGACGAAAAGUGAAGCUCUCUUGGUUAAACAUCUUUUGGUAGUUCAGAUCAAUUAAUGAGUAAGAAUUGAGAUUAAGUUAGGAAUCCAAUGCAGUGGAACAAAGUACUUUUGGACAUGAUUCUUUCAAUGUAAAUCAUGAUUGAAACUAUAUUUUUCUUCGUAGAUCUACUGGACGAACUUUAUCCUGAGAACCAACUGCAACCGAAAGAUCCCAUAGAGAAAGCCAAACAAAAACUUUUCGUUGAAAAACAAGGUGAAACG